AUGGCGCCGCCUGCGAUCAUUGCGCCCUCAAUCCUCAGCGCCAACUUUGCCAACCUGGGCCAUGACUGCGCCGAGAAAAUCCGGCAAGGCGCAGACUGGCUGCACAUUGACAUCAUGGACGGUCACUUUGUGCCCAACAUGACCAUCGGGUGUCCCGUCGUCUCCCACAUUCGCGGCUGCGUGGAUCGACCCCUCGAACCUGGAGCGCGGGGUACAUUUGACUGCCACAUGAUGAUCGCAGAGCCUCACAAAUGGGUCAAGGAAUUCCAGAAAGCCGGAUGUGACCUGUACUGCUUCCACUACGAAGCCGCCGUGUCUUCCGUCGCCGCGACCGAGCCCUCCGAUAAGACGACCAAGGAGCCGACCAGCCCCCGCGCAUUGAUCAAAUAUAUCCACGAGCAAGGCAUGCAGGCCGGUAUUGCGAUCAAGCCGGAUACCCCCGUCGAUGUGCUUUGGGAUAUUCUCGAGACCUCCGACGAGAAGGAGCGUCCUGAUAUGGUCCUUGUCAUGACCGUGCACCCCGGCUUCGGUGGCCAAAAGUUCAUGGCCUCCGAGCUGCCCAAGGUCUCUGCUUUGCGCGAACGCUAUCCCAACUUGAACAUUGAGGUCGACGGUGGUCUGGGCGUGGGUACCAUCGACCAGGCUGCUGAUGCUGGUGCCAACGUGAUUGUCGCUGGCUCGGCCGUGUUUGGUGCGGAGGACCCCGCGGACGUGAUUCGAAAGCUGCGCGAGGCGGUCCAGAAGCGUCAGGUUCAGGCCAAGGUUUAA